AUGGGAGUGGGAGUGGGAGUGGGAGUGGGAGUGGGAGCUGGUUCCGGCAGCAGUGUCCAUGGCGAGAGCAACAUGGAUGGGAGCCACCAGCCGCUGGCACACGUGCAAACUCCAGCGGCGCAAAACCAACACCAGCACCAACAGGCACAGCAGCCGCCGCCUCUGCCACCACCAAAUACAAAUAUGAAGAAUCUCAAGUACUACGAGCACCUGCAGGCCUCCUACGACUGCCACGAUCUGAUGCUGGACGGGGAGGACGAUCAGGACAACUACGAGGAUAGCAUGUCCCUGAGCUCCGUCUGCAUGCAGCGCAACCAACCGUUCAACAAUUCUCAGCGGCCCCUGCUUGGGGAGCGGCGGCCCCAGCUCACCUUGACGGCUGUGGGCCAGAAAACUGUGGCAAAGUCCUUCCAGCAGCACGCCCUGCCUGGUCCUGCCCUGUCCCUGGCACCGCAGAGAGGCCACGCGACCGCCGCGUACAUAUCGCCCUAUGUGCACCAGCAGAAACGCGACAGCGCCAAGGGCCUGCACGGCUUCAACGACUUCGACGUCCUGUCCCAGCAGUACAACCAGCACCUGCAGAGUCCGCACAUCGGCUACCCCUACGGGAGUCCGCCCUCGCCCACCGCCCACUCGCGCGACUUUUGCUUCGACCGCCAGUCGGGCCAGGCCACGUCCAGCAGUUCGUCCAACUGCAGCAGCUCGGUAACUACCUCCACCGCGUCGCCGACGCGCUACUACCAGGACACGGCGACGGCCCCAGUCUAUCCGUCGCGGUUCGAAGACGACUUCUGUGUGCGUCGCCCGGCAGACUCGCCCCUUUCCCUAUCCGUGUCCGAGGCCCCGCCAUUGCCCCCGGCAGCGGCGGCCGCCUCCACCACGGGUCCCUUCAUCUUCGGCAUCUCCCACGAACAGCAGCCUGCGCACUACGGCUGCACUCCGGUGACCCCGACAGCCUCGCGAAAUGCACUUCAGCCUCUGAAAAUUCCGUUCAGAAGGGACCACAAGCCUCUGCAUUCCUGCGCUGCAAGCAGUAGUAAAGGAUCCAAAUUCUUGUUACGGAAACGUAAAUCGAAGAAGACAGCAGCACCAGCGUCACCGAAUGACGGAUCAAAAACUGCCGCAAAUGGUGGCACAAACGCUGGCACCGCCACGCAGCCUUCAAUUAAGUGCGUGCUCGUCGGAGACGGAGCUGUGGGCAAAACCAACUUGAUACUGUCAUAUCUGGAGAACAGUUUUAAUCCAGAGCACAUCCCAACGGCCUCAGAUAUUUAUAAAGCCGAUGUCAAUGUGAACGAAAGUCCGGUGCACUUGACCCUCUGUGAUACCGCCGGUCAGGACACUUUAGAUCCAUUGCGCGAGCUUUGCUACCCGGACAGCGACGUCUUUCUGCUAUGCUUUUCAGUAGUCAAGCCGGAAACGUUUCGGGCCAUAAAAUCGAAGUGGGCACCGAAGUUCGCCAAGGCCAAGGCGGCCCUGAUUCUCGUGGGAACCCAAGCCGAUCUACGCGGAAAUCAGAGUGUCCUGAACAAACUUCAGACAAACGGUGAGAAAGCAAUUUCAUAUGCAGACGCCUGGGAUUUGGCAACAACAAUUGGUGCAAAAUACAUUGAAACUUCGUCAGCCACACAGGAAAAAGUCAAGGAUGUGUUCGAUACGGCCAUUUGGGAGGGUCUUGUGCCCACCACGCUGCCGCCCACGCCUUCUUUUUGGCGAAAAUUGUUAUGUUUGGCCUGAAAAAAGUAGAUGGAUUGAACACACGAUUGCUUGAAAGCUCUGCAGAGGAAUAUAUUAUUUUUAUUUUUUCGCUAAUACAUAGGAGUAGUAUAUUAUAUACAUAUUAAUAGUUAUUUAUAACUAGCAUUAUCUAUAGUUUUUCAAUUAGCAGUGCUCUUUAUGUUUUGAA